AUGUUUUCUCUUGAUCAGAGUCCUCUUCCGAUGCUCCCCACAUUUGACAAUGUGACUCCCGUUCCACCCAAGAGAGGGCGAAGAACCACUGCCAGCCUGAAUCGCCGCGUCCGCGCCCAUUUGGAUUCCCUCACUAUUCCUGACAUUCAAAAAGCUGGUGGCGUAUCCGCACCUCUGAUGUUGCAGCCACAAGGGCGUUCACAAGUGGGUGGGGUAUCGUUUGAAAGUAUCCUUUUGGGAGGUCGCAACAAGACGGCUGCUGCUGCUCCCAAGGCACCCUUGCUGGCGUCUCCGCUCGCCCAAAAGGCCAAGGCAGCACCGACAAUCCGGGGUUCUCCAGCACGCAGAGCGGCGGCUCCAGUCUUCAAGACAAGUCCUCUCAAGAAUGCUGGUGGUGCCUUCUCUUCGGGUCCUUCCCUCAUGUCGCUGCGAAUGGCCGCCAUGGUCAAGGGAACAGCCGACGCCAAGGCCCAACUCAAGUACGGCAGCAGCGGGCCCUUCAACAAGCAGUUCCAAGCACCAGGGCGAACACGAAGCAGCCCUUACAGACCAUCACGCGCAGUGCCAACCAUGCGCUCGCGAAGUUUCAAUGCGGUUUGUGCCUAA